UCAAGUUUCUCAUAGUUGCAGCGCCAACGAGUUUUAAUGGAAUGGCUGUACAAAUUUUUAUCUGCAUAAAAAUGGAUGAGGAAAAUAAACAAAAAUGAAUUAUUCGCCACACAGUAUCGCGUUGAUGUUGGUGGUAGUCGCGAUAUUGGGACACAACGCAUCAUUCCUAUCGAAAGACCUAGCACACUCGAUGUCGACUAUGUAUGUUCGCGACAAAACUAUAGACAAGUUGACCUGGCAAUGUUUGAGGAUUCGAGGGGAUGUUCCUUGCGUGAUUCAUUGCGUGCUGAGUCUUUUUGGCAUCAUGAACAAUCGUGGGGAUAUUAACGUUAACAAUUAUAAUAAACGUGUGAAUGCUUUUCAUCACAACGACCGGAGGAUCGUGAUAUCGGACGUGGGGCAAAAGUGCGCAGACAACCUUAAGGGGUCGACAAUCGGUGUGUGUCAGAAAGCGUUAAAGUUUGUAGAGUGCACUAAAAUACUUGCGGUGAAAAUGUGAUAAAUACUAUUGAAG